UUGGCGUCACGGGGCGGAGCUUCGGGUGGCGGGAAGAUCGGGCACUGGAAUGGAAGCGGAGGAGAGCGGCAAUGGUGCCGGGGAGAGCGGGACGCAGGGUUCUGCGUCUGUUGUCAGCAAGGCCGCAGGCGGCGCUGGCCACUACGAGCUGCCGUGGGUUGAAAAAUACAGGCCAGUAAAGCUCAAUGAAAUUGUUGGAAAUGAAGACACUGUGAGCAGGUUGGAGGUCUUUGCAAGAGAAGGCAAUGUGCCCAAUAUCAUCAUUGCGGGUCCCCCUGGAACUGGCAAAACAACCAGCAUCCUGUGUUUGGCGCGAGCACUGCUGGGCCCAGCCCUGAAAGAUGCUGUCCUGGAACUCAACGCUUCCAAUGACAGGGGCAUCGAUGUGGUGAGGAAUAAAAUCAAAAUGUUCGCCCAGCAGAAAGUCACCCUUCCCAAAGGCCGACACAAGAUCAUCAUCCUGGAUGAGGCUGACAGCAUGACAGACGGUGCCCAGCAGGCCUUGAGGAGAACCAUGGAAAUCUACUCCAAGACCACGCGCUUUGCUCUGGCCUGUAACGCUUCCGACAAAAUCAUAGAGCCCAUCCAGUCUCGCUGUGCAGUGCUCCGCUACACCAAGCUCACAGAUGCACAGGUCCUCACCAGGCUCAUGAAUGUCAUCGAGAAGGAGGAAGUGCCCUACACGGAUGAUGGCCUGGAAGCUAUUAUCUUUACUGCCCAGGGAGACAUGCGCCAGGCACUGAACAACUUGCAGUCUACAUUCUCAGGAUUCGGCUAUAUCAACAGCGAGAAUGUAUUCAAGGUCUGUGACGAGCCGCAUCCCCUGCUGGUGAAGGAGAUGAUCCAGCAUUGCGUGGGAGCCAACAUUGAUGAGGCCUACAAGAUUCUUGCUCACCUGUGGCACCUGGGCUACUCACCCGAAGACAUCAUUGGCAACAUUUUCCGAGUAUCUAAAACCUUCCCAAUGGCUGAGUACUUGAAACUGGAGUUCAUCAAGGAAAUCGGCUAUACCCACAUGAAAGUGGCUGAAGGCGUGAACUCCCUUCUGCAGAUGGCAGGGCUCCUGGCCAGGCUGUGUCAGAAGACUAUGGCUCCGGUGGCCAGUUGAAUUGGGGACUCUUUUCACUGAUGUGCUGAUCAAGGGAAAUGAUGCCUGAGCCUGGCACUAGAACAUGCUGACUUUACCAGGCUCUCAUGUAUCCCAGGCUGGCCUCAACACCUUGAGCUCCUUAUCUUCCUGUGUCCAUCUCCCAAGUGCUAGAUUACAGGUGUGCACUGCUAUGCCUUGUUUAUGCAGUGCUGGGGAUGGAGCCCAGGGCUUCCUGUAUGCUAAGCAAGUACUCUGUUAGCCAAGCCACAUUCUCCAGCCCUGCGCCUGACUUAAAUUCUAGUGGUUUACAUGUUGCUUCUGAUGCAUCUCUAUUCUUUGAGUAUUUGAAUUCAGCCUCAGACUUGGGGACUUGGGAACAUGGUAAGAAGGCCAUACGGUGUUGGCAUUGUAGGUAAUAAAUCCUCUCGAUGUUUGUC